GUUACGGCCGGGCGAUCAACAACUGCCGAACCGGCCACUGUUAUAUAAACAGUGCGCGCGUGAAACAAUGCAAGCCAAACCACGACAGGAUACAUUAUUUUGCGUUGUGGCAGCCUAUGGUAUCUUCUACUACUGAGCGCAUUUGGUGACGCUGCCUUGCUUCUUGUGGAUCAAAUCAAACUUAUUUACACAAAAGCUUCACUAUUGUAAAUAUAAGUGUUAACAAUGUGUACAUAAGACAUCUCAUCCGCCCUGUUGAGCAGUUUUCUCGUGUUGCAAUGAAUUAAACUUGGGGAGAUUUUAGGUCCGUCGAUACACUAAUGACUACCCAUGUGUCAAUUAAUGCUUGAGAAAAGCUUUUUUUUUUCUCUCUACUGUGAGUAAACACGUUGCAUACCAGUAACUUCUCUUCAGCAAACUUUUCUGCUACAUUCGAAGGAAAUCUUGAAUAUUUACAAUGUUAACUUCUUCACGAAUAGCUGAAAAUUGUCAUAAGAUAAUUCUAGGAUUUUUUUUUAUGUUAAAAAUGUUUUUCUUAGUAAGGAGGGGUUUCGUAAAAUUUAAUAAAGUUGUCAUCUUUGAAGCGCUAGAAUCUUCCAAUAGGUCGAUUUUAAUCGUGUUUCCUUAUCAUAUCUUUUACUGAGUCAAGUGCUCAGUAAUCUUUAUCAUCAGUUUAUUCCUUGCCUUUUUAUCCGGUUGAAUCCUAUUUGACGAAUUUUUCCUUCCUCCACUCAAUAUUAAUUAUCGUAGAUAGGAAGUGGGCAAGCAGGCACGUAUUUUUGCGCGGUUUUGUACUCAGGAUUAGGGAAAAGGAAUGAUGAGUGCGGUCCAGAGGUUUAACAGAAGGAAAACUUAUCGUAUCGUCGUGCUUGUCUGGCUGAAAGGAAAGGAAAGAAAAGGAGAGGAAAUCCAUUGUGAAGUGCCAAGAAAUGAAUCCAACUUUGACCGAAAUUUUUACUGCCAUGAAAUGUUGUCGACGUUAAGUGUUCAUGCAUAGAUAGGACACUAAGUUCCUGGGUAUCCCGAAGACAAAGUACGACCUGAAAAGCGCGUAGAAGUCGGCUGUGGAUUUUUUUUUCUGGUUCCCGUUCUUCUGGGGUGUGUUGGGCGUGUGCCCCAAAGCCAAAAGGAAUCGCUCGCGAAACAAUCAUUUCCUUUUUGGCUGCCCGAAAUUUUGAAACACAAAACUUGCGUGGUGUGUUUCCUUUCGGUGUUGUUAGAAAUAACGAUUCCUAGACGUCUACGAAGGGAUUAGCAGCUCGCAUAUUAACCGGGAUUCUUAACGCCGUUAACAAUACGUAAACGGUGCGUUGAGAUCACGCAAGAAGCAGUUUGAUUUCACAAUUUAUCUUAACCUUUCCAAAGCUACGUGAUAGAUCGAUGAUGGAAACGAAAAAGCGAUCGAAUUUUCACUUAUAUCCUGUAUUAUUUUUUGGCCGUCUUCAAAAUAGCUUUAUUUCGAUCUGUCCUGUUCAGGGGGGCAUGAAAACAUACUUAUUCCGUUAAACCUGUUAUCGCCCGAUGCAUAGCAUGACCAGGCUUCUGAGCUUCUUUUAUGCGUCUGUCGUGCCCGCUCGUUUUAGCAGAGUAUUACCAAUGUCUUGGUGGUUAUGUUAAGAGGAGGUCUUUGCACAAUAACAAUCAACUUCUGAGCUGAACUAAAGACAGUUCUACCAAGAACUUGUGGAUUAAUCUGUUUGAUAUCGAUGCCAAAAUAAACAGCGCUCUGUUCGUUUGCAGAAAGUUUUUAUUUGCUUGUGUUUCACAAACAGUCCCCGUGAAUUAAAGAGGUGAUUACUGCGAAAAAAAGGAAUCUUUUGUGUACGGAUGUGUGGCAAAAAUCUUGAUUUUUUUGUUUACCGAUUCGUUUGCCUUCGAUUUCAAGGAUUUCCGAAAUUUGGAGUUUGCUUGUCGUGAAAUGUCGAGUUGUUUCCCCGAAUUGGCCACAUCGAUUGUGAUAACGUCUUUGUGCGCGUCUCUGUUUUGCCACAAGGUUCCUGUAAAAUUUCAUCUGCUAUUGUUUUAACGAAUUAAGAUUAGAUAAAGAUUAAGCUAGGCAUAAACUUGGAAUCUAUCCUUUUCCCAUCAGUGACGGUUGCUUGCCAUCAUUCAGAAUCGGUGUAUUAAGUUGCCAGUCGGAACUCAGUAUGAUAGGGUCGAUUUAUUUUCCCUCACGACAGAGUACACUAAUUAAACAUUUCGUGCGCGCGCGCGUGCUGGACAACUUUGUAAAGUGUAGUUAAUUUUCUUUGACUAUGAUCGAUGAAAGCCGUUCAAAAUUUCUCAUUGUGCACCUCUACGGACUUCCGCUCCUGUGGCACAGAUCGGAAGUAUGUUUGCCAGUGGGAGGAUCAUCGCUUUCUCGAGCUUUCCCAGUCACGGCUAGAAUGAAGCUGCGUUUGCCUGCGCAACUCUCGAGGAAUUUGCUCAACAAAUAUUGGGCAACACACGCAAAUCGUCAAGUUCACAAAGAUGUUUUGUCAUUUCCUCUAAAACACUUGAUUAACAAUUUCCUGUUUAUCUCGUGUUGUUUUGGCUGUUUACAUUUCGUUUGAUCGUGAAAAAAAAGGCUAAGAGCGAGCGUGAGGGAGUUUACAACAAGAUUUCGCUAUCGCUUCCUAGAUCAAUCGGCAACGCCCUCGAGUGUUUGUCAAUAAGGUUGCACCCCCAUAUAACAUGACUUCAUCGCUUUACGAUGCAAUGGUCGACAAGACACAGAGAUGUCACGCCAUUUCUUAAUAGUUUAUGACACUGGUUAAUAAAUUCCAUGUGCUUUUUUCUGGCAUCCAUCCAAGUGCUUGGCCAACUCGGGUCAAGGCUAUGACAAUUUCGCUUACAAAUGAUUGAGUUCAAAGAUAUACACACCGCGAGCGGAUGUGCUAAACUGGUGGAGUAUUUCACGCUCAGGUCCCGCAACCGUUUACAACCUCAUGCAUUCGUUCAGUGUCCGCUGCAAAAUCACUCAGCUUUGUAACCCGUCAGCAGCGACGAAUUUGAAUGACAAUUGAUCAAUUAAAUAAACCGUUUUAAGUGUUUUCUAUCGCCAUAGAACCAACAAUGCUAUUGGCCCACAAGUGUGAAAUGAAUCAGGCCCAUUGUUUUCCACCAAUCACCGGUUAUUUAUAUGAGAUCGUUAUCCACCCUAUGCGGGGUGUGAUUGGUGGAAGGCGCCUAUGUUUUGGCAGUGACUUGUUUUCAUCGGAUACACACGUGGACGUUGUUCCGCGAAUACUGACGUGCGCUUGGCUAUUGUUAUCAACAGAAUUUUGGCGCGAGCUGAGGGUACGCAAACUUGACUGGUACCAACGCUGACUGUAGGUCACACGACAGAGCGAAGAGGAAGUGUGUGAUUCGCUUUCGCGAUCGCCGAUUUUUCUCUUUCCGGUGGAGUUGUUAUUCGUAUGGAAGACUGUAGCUUCGGCAGGGAUGUUUUAAAGUGGAAAAGUGCCCAAGCGCCAUUCACACGUGGUUUGAUCUCCAUUUGGAAGUAUGGAGUGUCCGAAGACAGAGACGAUCGUUGAACACUCAUCGCGUUCGUCGCGGAGAAAUUGUACAUGCGAAAAUGUUGGGCCAACCAUGCCGCAACUCCUAUGUCUAUCCUUUGUGUUUAAUAUUGUUUUUGUUGCACUAUUUGCGGUUGUAUUUAUACAACUACAGACCUUACAAGCGCGUUUGGAGAAACUCGAAUUGCCUUUGGUCGAACAACCAACUAAAUUUGCUGCUCUGCGAGGCAAUUCGAGUCAAUCGACGUUUGCUGCCGAACCAACAAAUGUUACCUCUCCUCCUACUCUUCUAAAGAGCAUGCCGUCAAUCCACAUCUCGCGGAGGAGUACUUCGCAUACUGAUCCGACAAGGCCAGCAUUUACCUCGCCAAGGAAGAAGAACUGUAAAGUGAACAAAUGUACACGCGAUUACUUGAAGAAAAUGGUCAAACGCGAGGUACAUCAAUUUUUCGGCACCGAAACUCGAGCAAGGACGACAUUUUGUAGUGCGUGUAAACCACCAGAAGGUGUCAUAGGCCCACCAGGGGAUCAAGGUCCCCCAGGGGAUCAAGGACCCCCAGGACCUAAGGGUGCCCAGGGGCCCGCAGGAGCUUAUGGAAUUCCAGGAGUCCCAGGCCAUGUAGGAAGUCCAGGUCCCAAAGGUCAGAAAGGAGAACCGGGGCCAACAGGAGUGGGUGCUCCUGGGGCUAAAGGAGAUAAAGGAGACCUAGGAGAUCAAGGGCCAGCAGGGAAAAGAGGGCCAACUGGCAAAAGGGGUGAACGUGGGCUUCCAGGGGAGAAAGGAAACCCAGGGCCAAAAGGCGAAAAAGGCACCACAGGCUCACUAGAGUCAUCACAGAGGCCAUCAGCCCACUUGACAGGCUACACCAGACACACACAGAAUUCUCCAAGAGCAGGAAUUAUAAGAAACUGGGAAGAUGAUCAAGGUCACGCACACAAAGUAGGUGGAAUGCAAUACCAAGAUGGAGAACUGGUGAUCUCUAUGUCUGGAAGAUACUAUGUGUACAGCCAAUUGUACUUUCAAGUAGAAGAUGACAGGCCACAUCUCAUACAUUAUGUACAUUUAAAUAGAACUGGCAAUGCUGAGAUCAUUAUGCGUAGUGUGACGUCACGGUGUCGCGCCAAAAAGUCCAAAGUUUACCUGUACAGCAGUUAUCAAGGUGGAGUAUUUGAGCUGGAAAAUGGUGACCACAUCAUGGUUGGAGUGUCUGAAGAUAAUACCCAGGCAAUAGCAAAGUAUGAGUCAGCAAGUUAUUUUGGAGCCUUCCUGAUAUGAAAAUUGGUAUGAGAAAGAAAGUUGAUUAUUAAUAAAUACUCGUUGUAUUAAUCUUGUAAUUAUGCGCUUGUCACACUCACUGCAAGGCUUUAACUGCUCACUGUUGAUUUUUUUCCCUUAAAUAAUACCAGUAUUUUUAUGUGCUUAAUUCUUGUUGAGAGUUUUCUAGGAUUUAAGUUAAGAAAAAAAAAAACCAUCUGCAGUUCUAUCACUACUGGGAGGUCUAGCAUCCAAAAUCAGAGGUUGCCUUUUUUUUGCCUGUGCAUGUGAAAGAAUGACACACUACAAAAUAGAGAUAAAAUGUCCAACACUGUUUUGUAACUUUUUAGAAUUUAGUCUUUGGUGAUUGACACUCUAGGAAAAAUUGACCAAUGUCAGGUAGAUAGAGGUAUAAUCAGUUCUGUUGUGCUGCACUUUCACUUGCACUUUGCACUGUAAUACUAACCAAGAAGCACAUUACCAACCAUUUUGGGUUGCAAGUAAAAUCGUAAGAUGUCCAAACUGGAAGUAAUAACCUCGGGUUGACUGGUAAACAGUUGUUAUGUAUAUUUUAAAAGGGAUCCACUACAUCUGUAAAGUUUCAAUUGCUCUGUUUAAUUGAUUAGCUGAGGGUAUUAUUAUGCCUGUGCCUUUCAAAAACUGCAAUGCUCAAAGCCCAGCUCUCAGGGUCUUCUAUUAGAAUCAGUGUAGAUGGUAAAUGCUGAAUAGGUACUUUGGAAAAGGUAGUAUUCUGAAUAAAGGUAAAGAAAAUUGGGGUUACUUCUCAAACACUGGGUUGAGUAGUGCAAUUUUUCAGGCACCCUGGCCAUUGUUUGAGCGGUUAUGUCUUUUUCUUGGUCAUGUUAUUUACAAGGUGCUUUUAUUUUUCACUUAAUCGUGUCAAGAGUAGCCUGAUCAGAAUUGGCAAACCAACAUCCCAAAAAUAUUGAAAGUUAUCUUCAGAAGUUAAUUUCUCACGACCUUUUCACUCUUGGGUGAGACCAAUGGAAAAGUUUUCCUUACAAUAUCAGUGCAUUGUCAACCAGAAAGGUAUUGAGAAGGGAAAAAAUUUAUCACUAUCACUUUUGAACUAAAAUUAAACAAAACCGUUUGAAGGUAGAGGAUAAUUGACAGUGAGAUCUCAGGAGUGAAGGGUUGAAGUUCAUAGGUCAUGCACAGUUUUGAACAGUAUACAAUUCUGCAUACACGGAAACAAAGAUCACAAUAUUUCCUAGCAGGUUUCUUGGAGACCUGUGGAACAAGCCGCAACAUUAUAAUGCAGAAGAUAUGUUACCAUAAAUAGAAGAAAAAGAGAAGAAAAAGAAAAAAAGUCACGUAGUUGAGUAUUUUUUUGAGCAAUAUCACGAGGAGGAUUGUGGUUAUGUAGUUAUUUGGUCGUGUUUGUAGAACAAGGACCAAAAGAUUGAAACUUUACUUGGUGCAGUGUUGAUCAACAUUAAUUUUGCCACUUUUGUGACACAAUGGUUGCCUCUAUCAAGGGGCAGAUGUGUUGAUUAUCAAGUAAUCUUAAUUUAUCAACCGUAAUAACAUGCUAACAUUCACCGUACACAGUAGCCAUUUAUCAUGAGUUAAUUUCAUUUUAACAUUGUUGUAUUCACUUCACUUUGUUGUCGUAUCUUAAUGUUUGUCUCCAAAACUAGGAAUUAUGCAGUACUCUGUGAACAGGUUGUGGAAAAGGCUAGUUUCUCAACUUGAGUUGCAGGAACCUGGUUACACUGUUUGUAGUUCAGCUGAUUUAGAGGUCGGGUCAAAGAAGUAGAAGAAUUAUUUUUAAGGUGCUUUGUAAUUCCAAGGUGUUUUUCUGUCAACUCACGACUGCUGUGAGUUAACCUGCACUUGACUUGGUCAUCAAAUGGUCAAGUUGAUGAAGUAUGCUUCCAGUUUUACAAGUUUCCCGUAAAUGCGUAUUCAUCCUUUUGACGUUUACACGCAGCUACGUUAUCUUCAUUGUGAAAGGAGACAGGACAACCUGUCUUUAUCUUAUGUAAAUGCUCUCAAUGAUAUUAAUGAUCCAAGCCAUUUUCCAUCCUAGUUGUUAGUAAUUUUUUUCCUUUUCCUCGUACAAUCAUAUCUUAGUACUAUUAACCAAUUCAAUUUUUCAAACCUGUGGUAAUGACACAAUGGUGCAUUCAACAGAUUUCUUUUGACAAGUUAUCACAAAAAGGUUGAGUAGAUAAUGAAUUUGAUAUUUCAGUUACUUGUACAGAAAUAUCUUGACGUAGCGUACAUUCCAAUUUGUAUUGAUUAGACCUUUUGUAUUACAAAGGAACAGCCUAGACAUUUAUUUUGGUAAAUUGGGGCUGGUCAUUUUCUACAUGCUUUUUGUAAGAGACUUCAUUUUCUAUCACUACGGUGUUUUUAUUUUUGUAUUGUUAGUUUAAGCAUUAGUGCUGCAUUCUGUGAACAAAAAGAAUUAACUUCUUCCUAAGCUUAUGUUUUAGGAUCUCAGAUACAUAAAAACUAGUAUUUUUUAACGUAAAUCUUUAAAUCAAAGCCUAGAAUAAUAAUUUGAAAACAUUACUGUACUUAAUAUCAAAAAUACAAACUCCACAUAGUAAAAUUAUUUUGUAACAAAUCUUGUUUGAACUCAGUAUCAUAUCAACGUACAGUCUUCUUAGCAAUGAGAGCUUGUUGACAAACUCAAGUACCGUUCAGUGUUUCUGUUUUUUACACGUACUGUUAAAAUGAAAAUUUAAGUAGAAUUAUUUCCAAAAGAAGUAAUCAAGAAUAGUUAGAUGAGGUUUCAGUGAGGAACCUUCCAAUAUAUUUUUAUAGUGUAGAUAGUAGUUCCCCUUGCUAAAAUUUAAAGGUAAACUGAGAUGUUCCAGAUUUCUAGGGGCUUCCUCCCCCCCUCUACCACUCUUUUCCCUGCCUACCCCUCCCCCCCCCCUCUUCAUACUUAGAUCUGACGAGAGGACCAACACAAGGAAUGAGGGUUGUUAGGCUUGUGUUACCUUCAGGGCUCAGAGAAGAUCCUGGAGGAAGCCAACUAGUUUUGUAUCUGUCAAUGAGAUUUAAUUCAUCCCUUUAUCAAAUAUGCAGAAUAGUAUUUUAGAAUCUGUACUUAAGAUCAGCCUUGAGUUGUUUCCUCUCUGGGUGUUGUUUAUCCAUGCAUAUCAACCCAGAUCUUAGAAAUUUAUUACAAUUUUUUGUUUUACACAUUUUGACAGUUAAAUUCACUAGACCCAUUGGGAUGUAAUCAAAUUUUUCUAGUCAUUUUUUUCUAAUAUGCAUUCCUCUGUAAAUUAUUUUCGUUAGAGUGGGAAUUUUUGUACAAUAUUUUUGUAUUUUCAUUGUUGCGCAUGCAUAUUUUUUGUACAGUGACUUUGUAUUUCCAAGAUACUUUGUUGAGGAAGUCGCCACCAAAUGUUUAAUUGUGAUUAGAUAGAGGUGGACUGCUUCAUUGCGAGCAGUACCAGAGUAUGGUUCUUGGGAAAAGUCUCUAAGUGCUUUUAAUUUUUAAAAGCUCCUCAUAUACCUGUUCUGUACUUUAUAUGUCGAGAUAAGAGGCCAUCACAGGCUGGAACUUCAUUUAAAAAAAUCUACUUUAUGAAUAAACAUCUAUGGAUUGUAUCUCUACGGAAUCAUACUCACCGGUAAGGACAAAUCUGUUGGUUAAACCCUUUUUUCUCGUGUUGUUCUUUCAAUUCAUCAUUUUCUGUUUAUUUCCAAGCCUGUGAUAGUUGUCUCUCUCGCGUCUUCCUUUCUUUAUGAUUGGAAGUUGGUACAGAGAAGAACCGCCAGCUUCAGUGUGUCUAAUGAGUCGAAAAUGAAACAUACUCAGGCUCGGAUAGUCCUGUAAUACAAAGCUGGUAAUAAAACGUAUUACUAUUGAUUA